AUGAGCCGCCUCAGCAAGGUGCUCGGCGCCGAGUUUGCCGCUCGCCACGUCCGCUUCAACACGAUCUCGCCCGGGUUCAUCAAGACGCCCGAGGUCGCCACCCUGCUCGAGCGCGACCCGUCGCUCGCCAAGACGUGGCAGCAAGCGACACCUCUCGGACGUGUCGGCGGCGUCGAGGAGCUCAAGGGCGCCGCCGUCCUGUUCGCUAGUGACGCGAGUCGCUUCACGAGUGCGUCCCCCUCUCUCUUCGCUCGUCGCCGCAGUGAGCGCAAGGACACUGACAAACUCUCUCUCGCUCUGCAGCCGGGACGACGGUCGUGGUCGACGGCGGCUUCUCUCUCGUCUGAGCCCUCGUCGUCCUCGUCGCUGUCGAGCUGUCGAGCCAGGUCGCCCGUUCGCCUUCGUCGUCGACGGCUCGAGGCUCAAGUCCCUCCUCCGUCGACGGGUUUCCCCUUUCCGCGAGCUGUCGAGCUAGAUUUUUCGCGCCUAGAUCGCCGUCCUGCGUACAUCAUCUGUAACUCGUCCCUUUAUUUGUCACUUGAGCUGGCGGCGUUGCGAGAGGUGAGAUCCGGCGAGUGGAGCCGAGCGAGAUGA